AUGACCGUCUCGGACACGCGCAAGGAAGACCAGGACCGCUCCGGGCAAGCCCUCAAGGACCGGAUCGAGGCCGCCGGGCACACGGUUGCCGGCUACGCGAUCGUGCCGGACGAGAUGGCGCGGAUAUCGGCGCAGGUGCGCGACUGGGCGGACGAUGAGGGCAUCGACAUCGUCAUCACCACCGGCGGCACGGGCUUUACCGGACGCGAUGUGACGCCCGAUGCGCUCGAGCCGAUGUUCGACAAGCACAUGGACGGUUUUUCCCAUGUCUUCCACCGCAUCUCGUUCGACAAGAUCGGAACGUCGACCGUCCAGUCCCGCGCGACGGCCGGGCUGAUCGGCACGACAUUCGUCUUCGUUCUUCCCGGCUCGCCGGGCGCCUGCAAGGACGCCUGGGACGGCAUCCUGAAAUGGCAGCUCGACUACCGCCACAUGCCCUGCAAUUUCGUGGAGAUCAUGCCGCGUCUGGACGAGCAUCUCAAACGCGGCGGCGGCAAGUCAGCGUGA